CUUGCACUUCAUGGCGAAAACAGGAAUCUAAAUCUAAAUGUAUAUCACAGAUUCAAAGGAUUACGCAUUGAUUUGAGGCAUAUAAAACUAUAAAUUUCAGAUAGUGCAACCAUAAAACAACAGUAGAUAAUAUAAUAUAGAGGGCACAUUUUGGUUUUAAAAACCAUCAACAAUCCAGUCUCUGAAUACAUUGAGAAUUGCACCCUUUGCUGAGACUUACAGACUAGGAUCUACAUGUAACUGCUGAACAUAAUAAAAUAUCUUGAUCAAUGGAAGCUAGAGAGAACCAUGGUGCAUCCAAGUAUAUCAUCAUAGGUGGAGGGAUAGCUGGGGUGUCAUGUGCUGAAAUGCUUGCUGAUGUUUCACCAGAUGAUUCUGUGCUUCUCCUAACUGCAUCAUCACUCAUCAAAUCUGUUACCAACUACAAAAAGAUUGGAAAAACUCUGGAAGAGUUUGAUGUAGAAGAGAAAGCAGUUUCAAGUAUAAACACUCAAUGUGCAAAUGUUCGAGCCAUACACACAGCAGUUAGUGCAAUCAGUGCAGCUCAACAUGAGGUGUACACUGACCAAGGUGUGUUCAGCUAUGAGAAGUUGUGUAUUUGUACAGGGGGUGUACCAAAACUAUUAGCCCCACAAAACCCCCAUGUGAUUGGCAUACGCGAUACAGAGAGUGUGAAGGAACUACAAAAUCGCUUGGCAAAUGCCCAAAGGAUCUUGGUGGUUGGGAAUGGUGGCAUAGCAACAGAAAUAGUCUAUGAAAUAGAAGGAUGUGACAUAAUUUGGGCAGUAAAGGAUGAUUCUAUAACAAGCACAUUUGUUGACUGUGGUGCUGCUCAAUUUUUCCUACCUCAACUGAAGAAUGACAAAAGUACAGAGUCAGGUGGUCCAAUGAAGAGAUUGAAAUACACUACAGCAGAAACCCCUGGUGUUAGUAGUUCUACCAAAGGAUCACAUGGGGGCGCUCUAGGACCAGAUUGGCAUUCAGGGAUAGAUAUGAAAGGCCAAACAAAGAAAUCCCACAACAUUCAUGUGGAAUACAAAGUUGAAGUUAAAGCAAUUUAUACUGCUGAGGAAAUGAGAGAGUCAGGAAAAACUGCUGAUGUCGUGCCAAAUCUUACUGAACACAGUGAUCUCCUGAAAUCUCCUGGAGGAGAUAAAACACUCUUAAAUCAUAGUUGGGCUGUAUAUGCUGAAUUGACCAAUGGCAAGAUAUAUGGAUGUGAUUUCAUCAUUAGUGCCACGGGUGUUACUCCCUGUCCACCCACUUGCCUUGAUGAAAACCAGCUUGAACUAGCUUCUGAUGGUGGUGUCAAGGUGGAUGAUAACAUGAGGACAAACCUAACCAACAUCUAUGCGGCUGGAGACAUUUGCACUGCAUCAUGGAAGCCCUCAAAACACUGGCAUCAAAUGAGACUGUGGUCACAAGCUAGACAGAUGGGGGCCUAUGCUGCACAAUGUAUGACUGCUCAUAGCAAAGGAGAAGAAAUGACUCUAGAUUUCUGCUUUGAAAUGUUUGCUCAUUCCACCAAGUUCUUCAACUAUAAAGUGAUCCUUUUGGGGUGUUUCAAUGCUCAAGGAUUGGGGUCUGACCAUGAACUCCUCAUCCGAGUCACUGAAGGUAAAGAAUAUGUAAAGGCUGUGAUGCAGGAUGGAAGAAUGAUGGGAGCAAUUCUCAUUGGAGAGACAGAUUUAGAAGAAACAUUUGAGAAUCUCAUCCUCAAUGGCAUGGACCUCAGUUCAUAUGGAGAGGAUCUCUUAGACCCUAAUGUAGAUAUUGAAGAUUAUUUUGACUGACCCCUGUGAUACAGUGUGUCUGUUAGAAGAGUUGAUGUAGCUUGGAUGAUAUCUGCCAUGCAAUGGGC